CCAGAACCAGUAAACAUGUCCACCAGAGACCAGAACCAGGAAGCAGGUCCAGCAGAGACCAGAACCAGGAAGCAGGUCCUCCAGAGACCAGAACCAGUAAACAUGUCCAGCAGAGACCAGAACCAGGAAGCAGGUCCAGCAGAGACCAGAACCAGGAAGCAGGUCCAGCAGAGACCAGAACCAGGAAGCAGGUCCAACAGAGACCAGAACCAGGAAGCAGGUCCAGCAGAGACCAGAACCAGGAAGCAGGUCCUCCAGAGACCAGAACCAGGAAGCAGGUCCACCAGAGACCAGAACCAGGAAGCAGGUCCAGCAGAGACCAGAACCAGGAAGCAGGUCCACCAGAGACCAGAACCAGUAAACAUGUCCACCAGAGACCAGAACCAGGAAGCAGGUCCACCAGAGACCAGAACCAGGAAGCAGGUCCACCAGAGACCAGAAUCAGGAAGCAGGUCCAACAGAGACCAGAACCAGUAA